UUCGCAAACAUUUCCAGCCGUGUGUGUGUGUGUGUGUGUGUGAGAGAGAGAGAGAGAGAGAGAGAGAGAGAGAGAGCUUUAAGGAAAUUCGUGCAAUAACCUAAAGUUAGUCUAAAACUCAGUCUAAAGUUUUUAUUGUCGGUUUUUUUUAUUUCUGGACGCAUUUGUUUAUUUCUGGUCAGUAAUUCUCCUCUCCAUUAAGGUUAUCCACCUGGUUCAGCAAGCAGCCCUCACUAUGUCUGAUGGGGACUACGAUUACCUCAUCAAGUUCCUAGCCCUGGGGGAUUCUGGGGUGGGAAAAACCAGCUUCCUGUACCAGUACACGGACGGCAAGUUCAACUCCAAAUUCAUCACCACAGUGGGGAUAGACUUCAGAGAAAAGCGAGUGGUGUACAAGUCCAAUGGGCCUGAUGGUGCAGCGGGGCGGGGCCAAAGGAUACACAUCCAGCUGUGGGACACGGCCGGCCAAGAGAGGUUCAGGAGUCUGACGACGGCCUUCUUCAGAGAUGCGAUGGGUUUCCUGUUGCUGUUCGAUCUGACGAACGAGCAGAGCUUCCUCAACGUCAGGAACUGGAUGAGUCAGCUGCAGAUGCACGCGUACUGUGAGAACCCUGACAUCGUGCUGUGUGGGAACAAGUGUGACCUGGAGGACCAGCGAUUCGUUAACGAGGAGGAGGCUCGAGAGCUCGCCACUAAAUACGGGAUCCCGUACUUCGAGACGAGCGCGGCGAACGGCGAGAACGUGGCCCAGGCCGUGGAGGUCCUGCUGGAUCUGAUCAUGAAGCGCAUGGAGAGGUGUGUGGACCGAUCGUGGAUCCCUGACGGCACCAUGCGCUCUAACGGGCACAGUGGGAGCGAGCUGGUCGAACCGCCAACACAGGAGAAGAGCAAGUGCGCCUGCUAGUGGCCAAACGGUGCCACUGCACCAUCUUAUUAUUGAAACGUCCACUUAGAUUAGCACAUGAAACAAGAGCGAGAGUGGCCACUAGUGGCCAAACAGUGCCAUUACAUCUUCUUAUACUGUUAUUGAACAUCUGGCUGGAUUUCAUCUUUACACUUUAUACAGUAAUCAGGCCUGAGGUUUUCCAAAAACAAUUACAGUAGAGGUUUGUACCAGUAGUAAUAAAAUAUAAAUAUAACUUGGAUUUUACAUAAAUAACGAUAUUAUUCUUUAAAGUUGGGUUAAUACAGACCACUAGAUACAAGUUCUUGUGCUCUGACCCAGAAAUCUCAAACCAGUGCCACUCGAUAAAAUGUCCCAAGUGUGUCAGAUAACCGCUGGUCUCUCGGGUGAAGCCAGUCAUCUUCCUUGACCUGUGCUUGUUAAUGACUUCUGUACAUUGCCCCCUUUUUGGAUUUCAAGUCUGUGUGUGUGUGUGUGUGUUUAUUUUUCUCACUAGCUAUAAUGGAUUGUGGAUUGGACUGGGAGGGGUUACACAGAGAAAAUCUGCAUGUGUGUGUGUCACCUUUUUAUCGGAUUGAUGAAAAUAAGGAUAAAUGUGUUGAAAAAAGUUUCGAGAAGAUUGCGAAGAUUGAUCCUAGGAAUAAUUAAUAAAGGAAUAAUUUAGAUACACACUGUUCCCUCAUGCCAUGAAUAUUUAGUAAUGGAAGUCUAUCUCAAAACACAAAAAUCUUUGGUGUAAAUGUCAACCUUAAGCCACACCCACUUCUUCAGUGAUACGGGACACAGAAGGACUUGAGGCGUACGUAAUGCAGAGACGACGUGACCAUCUUCAUGAGCUUACAAGUUACAAGUUUGCAUACUCUGUGCGGUUUCGUAUUGGUCGUCACGUAUGAGUUCUCCAGUACAGCAGGUGGCGCUGUUAAAACCUCAUGACUGUUUCCACGACUACAGGAAGACGAUUGGCGCUAUGCAAAGUCAUCUCGGAAGUAAUCGGCUCGGAUACGCUUGGUACGUAGUGACCAUGUAGCGUUUUCAUCCGCAGAGUUCUGUCGCCUUCGUAUGAUGUCAUUUAGCUCUGUAAUUAUGCCACAUUGUUUGUGGAAGCUAGCCAAACAUCAUCUAAGCAUGAGAUAUGCUAAAGCGUUUAGUGCCAUCUGUAGACAUUAACAAAACUUCGUAGUGUAGCUGAACACUAGAACGUUCCAUAGGCAGCCAUCUUGGAAUCGCUUUUAAUCUCAGCUCGGUUUGGGAUCGUUACGCCUCUCUAGGCUCCGCCCCCGACUGUUUGAAGGUGUAGUUGUUGAGCUUCAUGUGAAUAUCAUAUGCAGUAAGUGCACAUGCUUAUGGAAAGAUUUUCAGUGAAAUAGACUUCCAUUACUAGCAAACAUGUCACGUUUGAUUUUGAUUUUCCUUUAAUGCUAAAUCUUGGCUCAGUCGUCGCCUGAAAGUCGCCUUAAGUUGGGGGUUAAAUUGUGAUUGUUGAGGAAACUUCAUUCUUUAUUCAUUUUACUGCAUUUCAGUUCUUUUACAUUGAUGUAAUACUGUACACUGUUUUCAAUUUAGUUAUCUCACCGUCUCAGCGGAAAUGAUAUUGUACGAUAUUUUCCACGUUGCGAAUUAUGGUAUAUCACCAGGAAAUUCCUGCAGUGCUGCAUGUAAACUGCUGUGACAGACUUUCAUUACAGUUUGAAUUAUAUUCUUGUAGUAGUGUAGUCCAGGGCACAUGAAAUGAUUUGAGAUUAGAUGAUUGACUUGUAGGCUACGUCACGUGCAAUGAUGCAUCUUUCUUUGGCGCUUGUUGUUCUUUGUAUUAUUAUUAUUAUUAUUAUUUUUUUGUGAUCCAACACGUCCCAUCGCUAAUCACAGAUUAAAUCAGGAGUUCAGACCCGAGAGAAAACACAUGUGAGGAACGCUGACUUGCUAUACAUUUCACUUUACCUCUGAAUGAAUGUUCAUAAUGUUUUAUGACUCAGACCUGCCAAUACGACCUAGCGUGUGUCAUUAGCUUUUAGAUCUUAUAUCUGUUUAAAUAUAAGUGGAGAAAAUGAAAGUGUGUGUGAAUGUUAAUGCAUUACAGCCCAUUAACACCAACUCUUUGGUGCACUAAGAUUUAGUACGCAAUUCACACCGAAAGUGCCUAACCUAAUGUAUAGUCUUUAACACUGCAUCCAUGCCAAACACUGUCUCUAUGCCAAACCUUUUUCAGAAAAUAAAUAUAUUUUAUUAUUUAUUAAAAUGGCUUCACAAAGCA